AUGUACACCGUUUCUUUAUUUCCCAAUGUAUGUACACUGACUCAUCAACCCAUCCACGCGCCUCCAAGCCCGGUAAAAAAUAAUAAUAAUAACAAUAACAAUAACAAUAAUAACCAAAUUGCAGAAUCCCCCACGGAGGCGCACCACCUGUGGAACGGCGCGCGCGUCGUGGCCGCCCACUUCGAGGCCAACCCGUGGCUGGUGCGCGGGCGCACCGUGCUGGAGCUGGGCGCGGGCGCGGCGCUCCCGAGCCUGGUGGCGGCGGCGCUGGGGGCGCGCCGCGUCGUCGCGACCGACUUCCCCGACCCGGACCUCCUCGAGACCAUCUGGCGGAACGUGCGCGGCUGCGACCUGAUCCCCGGCGUCCGCGAGGGGAAGAAGGAGGGGGAGGAGGAGGAGCUGAGCAUCGCGGUGGAGGGCCUCGUCUGGGGCGCGGACCCGACCAAGGUGCUGGCCCACCUGGGCGAGGGCGAGGGCGACGAGGAGCGGGAGCGGGGGUUCGACGUCCUGGUCCUGGCCGACCUGCUGUUCCGGCACUCGGAGCACGGCAACAUGCUGCGCACCGUGAAGCAGACGCUCAAGAAGGCGAGGGAGAGCAGGGCGCUCGUCGUGUUUACGAGCUACCGGCCGUGGCUGCGCCACAAGGACCUGGCCUUCUUCGAUCUCGCCCGGGAGCAGGGCUUCGUGGUGGAGAAGGUGCUGGAGAAGAAGAUGGAUCGGCCGCUGUUCGAAGAGGAUCCCGGUGAUAAAGAGGUGCUCAAGACCGUGACCGGUUGGGAGCUGAGGUGGCCCGAGCAUGUUUGCGCGGCGGAGGCCGGCAGAUGA